UGAUAAUUUUAAGGUUAAUUAGCCGUUAACUAUGCUAUCAAUUAAGUAUUUUUUGGCAGUGUACGCUGGAGUUUCGUUAUGUGAUGACAGACAGCACAGACAAAUGUUUCCUUCGAUCUGUUUCUGAAUCCAAAUCACAUUCCGUGCUGAGGGUAAUAGAAACGGUUUAUAUUUCAGUUUGGUGGAUGUGAUACAUGAGAAUCUGGGUAUACGCUUCCACAUGCCACUGACAAUAUAGAGCCCACUGUACAGCUGCUGUCCCUGCUGGUGUGACAAGUGAAACGCAUGACGCGUACACAGGGUGCUGCUGCGCCUCAGUGGACCGUUCCAUCAUUGUACCGCCGUGCGUAAAAUGGUUCGCUCCACCUGUAGCCUACAGUCUAUAAGCUCUGGCAAAGCUCUUUAAGUCUGUCAGUGUUACCUCUGACUCGGGGCAAAGAUGAGUCACGGAGACCGAUACACCUCGUCAUCCUACCGGAGGAUUUUCGGGGACUCUCCGAGGUUUUCCGCCUCCUCUUCCCGCAUGAGUAACCCCUCUCCGCGGGGCUCCCCGGUGCUCAGGUCCAUGUCCGUGUCCCGCAACAGCGCGUCCUCCCUCAACAUGUACAGGCGGGUUCGCGGGUCCACCACCACGUUCUCUCUGGUGCCCACGGACUCCCUGGACCUGUCCCAGACCUCCGUGGCCAACAAUGAACUCAAAGUCAUCAGAACCAACGAGAAGGAGCAGCUGCAGGGCCUGAAUGACCGCUUCGCCAUGUUCAUCGAUAAAGUGCGGAACCUGGAGCAGCAGAAUAAGGUGUUGGAGAUGGAGCUGGUGACGCUGCGGCAGAAGCAGAGCGAGCCGUCCCGCAUCUCCCAUCUCUACCAGCAGGAGAUGAGGGACCUGAGGUCACAGCUGGAGGAGCUGAACAGGGACAAGAACCGCAUCCUGCUGGAGAGGAACAACAUGGAGGACGAGCUGCAGAAGCUCAGUGUGAGGUACGAUGAGGAAGCAAGGGCGCGGGAGGAAGCUGAGCAGACCUUGAGGUCCUUCAGGAAGGAUGUGGAUGAUGCCACGGCAGUUCGCCUGGACCUGGAGCGCCGCAUGGAGUCGCUGAUGGACGAAAUCUCCUUCCUGAGGAAAGUGCACGAUGAAGAAAUGCAGGAGCUGAGCAGCAUGAUGGAGGCACAGCAGGUGUCCGUGGAGCUCGAGCUCGCCAAACCUGACCUCACCUCGGCUUUGAAGGAGAUCCGUAACCAGUACGAGUCCAUCGCUUCCAAAAACCUGCAGUCUGCCGAGGAGUGGUACAAGGGCAAGUUUGCCAGCCUCAGCGAGCAGGCCACCAGGAGCAACGAGGCCAUGAGGGCCAGCAGGGAGGAGAUCAGUGAGUUCAGGAGGCAGCUGCAGUCCAAGACCAUUGAGAUAGAGACCCUGAGGGGCGCCAAUGAGUCCCUGGAGAGGCAGAUUGCUGAGAUGGAGGAUGCUCACAACGCUGAAGUCACAGCCAUGCAGGACACCAUUGCCCACCUGGAUACUGAGCUGAGGAACCUGAAGGGUGAGAUGGCCCAGCACCUGAGAGAGUACCAGGACCUGCUCAAUGUCAAGAUGGCCCUGGACAUUGAGAUAGCCGCCUACAGGAAACUGCUAGAGGGGGAGGAGACUCACUUUAACUCAGGGAUGUCGUUUGGUGCUGCUGGCUACAGCUACCAGCCUCGAGCCUCCAGCGGCUCCUCCAAGAGCAGCCAGAGGGACAAGGACGGGUCCUCGAAGGAAAGCUUCAAGGAGAGCAGAGAGGAUAAAGAUGAGGCAGACAUCAACUCCAACAACUGAAGAAAGACAGACAGAGAAAUCUGGAAGGAGAGAGUAGAGAUAUACUGUGUGUGUAUAGUGAGUUCAUAGUCAUAUACUGUAUUUGUCAAGGGCAACACUAAGUCAAAUGUUUUUUGGAAUUGGAGCUGAAACUCAAUAUUUUUGAUUAAUUAUCUUAUUGUUGACUAACUAUUCUGAAAAACACAAAAUGUUAUGUUUUUCCUGCCAUUUCAGUAUUCAGGUGAUCAGUGGAUCAGUUGUAAAUCUCCAUCACAAGAAACAAAUAACUAAUCUCAAGAUCUGGAGAAAAAUAUGUACGGUACUUUUCCAGAGGAGAUGAACAUGUUGCAAACAUUGAACCAAAGUAAAGUCACCAAGUUUUGAAUGUUCUGAGGAUUCAUUUCCAUUUUGCUGCUUUGUGAAAUUGCACUGAAACCUGUGUGACAGGUGAGCACAAAUCACUACUGAGACAGACAACCUUUAAGUCUGUUGCUGCUGCAGCAUACUGUCAAUCAACUUGUGCUAUGAAGUAAAUAAAGAUGUCAUGAACUGGAUCAGUUGUCAAGCACCUGAGACAUAAAGCCCCAGCUGGAAGUUCUGUAAACUUCAAAGUCUCCUUAUUCUAAGAACAAAGUUCUCUAAUAUUUUACAUUUGCCUGCCAUUGUUGUUGGGUUUUCAAAAUUAAGAUUUCCAGAGCAUUUUAGAGAGAUUAUCGAGUCACCAAUUAACUUUAAAGCACUUUAGGCACAUAGGCACGUAUAGGCACGUAUGGAGGACGACACCACUGUGUUUUGUUAGGGACAUUACAAAGUGUAGAUGUUUCCCUGCUUGAAAACACAGACACAGUUCUUCUCUGUGUUGGGAAAAACCCUUUCGUUGGAGAGAGAGUAGACAGGACGGUGUGUUAACUUGAACACAAUACUUUAGCACUGAAUUCAAUGCAUCUGAUGCAUGUAGUCCACAUGUUAACAAAGAUCAUGUCACCCAGCUGCAGUGUCAAUGUAUACAGCUACUGGUCUGAAACAAAAACAGUUUUUUGUAGUCGUUCCAGUGUCACUGAAUAAAACGACCUGACAAACAA